GAGAAAGCCAGAUCUAUGUAGUGGCAGUAGGUGUUUCUCUAUCUACAAUAACCGAUACGUAUUUUUUCAGGUCGUUGGGAAUUAUAUCUAAAAGAAGAUCAACGUUGAAGUUAUUUACACAUAGUAGUAGAAUACAAUGAUUUUGAGGAGUAUUACAUUGCUUUUCGUUGUGGUUUUUGUCACCUGGUCGUCGACAGUAAAUAGUCAGGUUUUGAUUGGACCAACUGGUAUAGAAUAUGCCAAACCUGGAGAAGAUGCAACCUUGAACUGCUCUAUAGAUUGGCAGUCAGUUUCAAAAACUGUGAUCUGGGUUAAAGUUGGUGAGACUGCUGUACUAGCUGAAAUCACAGGCCAGGGUUCUAUAUUGACGUAGGUGAUCCAGACAAUUACGGUGUUGAAUACACAGCGCCAUACAGAUAUGACUUAGUUAUAUAUAACGUGGAUUUAGAAGACGAUGAUGGCCAGUAUGAUUGUUAUUUCAGUUUAGAAGGCAAUGUGGAUGGGGAAGUAGGAACACUUACUGUACUUGAUAGGAUAGAUUCAAUAAACAUAGUUGGCUAUAGUGAUGAUGCAGUUGUAACAGUUGAUGAAAAUGAAGCGAAACAGUUUACCUGUGAAUCCACCGAUGGUAACCCAGCAGCUGAGUUAACAUGGACAAUAGGUGGUAAAGAUAUCACAGAAUACAGUACAUAUACAACACAAGUCAGCGAUAAUAAUACAAACUACAUAACAGUAUGAGUGUUUUGAAUUAUACAUUCAAUGCAACAAAUAAUGGAGAGGCUUUGAAAUGCCAAGGAUUUCAACAUGAAGACUUAACAGUUAGAAGUGCUCGUGUUUACAUGAAUGUAAAACAUAUACCGAUAAUCUCUGGAAUUGGAGUUAUUUCAUGGAGUGAUGGUGGUGUGAUAAAUGUGGAAUGUGUAGAUACAGCAAAUCCAGACUCGUAUCAAUAUGAAUGGGAAGCUGAGGGUGGACAGUUUGGUACUACAUCUGAGAACACAUGGGAACUUACAGAUACUGGAGAUGAUGGCAAAGAAGAGAUUACAUGUACAGCUACAAACGAUAUGGGAUCUAGUACAUCAUAUACCCAAAUAGUCACAAUACCUUACGAACCCACAGUUAACGCUAUCACAGAUAGUCCCCUCAAAAUCGAAGCAGGGUCUGACGCCGUAUUAGAGUGCGGCACAGAUGCUGUACCACCAUUUCCCGAUAAUGAGAGUUGGGAAUGGCUCCAACAGGACGGGUCAAAUUACAUACAAAUAGAUCCUUCUGAUGAAGGCUAUGACAUUGAUCCAGUGGAAGGUGAUGAACAGAAAACAACGUUAACUGUAUUUGAUGCACAAGGUGUUCAAACUUAUCGCUGUCAACUUGGAGAAUCAUACGCGGAUAUUGAAGUCCAGGCAACGGGUUCAGCAGCACAGACAGGCGCCUCUAGUUGUGACACUGGUUGUAUUAUUGGCAUCAGCGUUGGAGUGGCAGUAUUUGUAUUUGUGAUUAUAAUCAUUGUAUUAUGGUUCUGUAUGAGUCGACGAAAGAAGAAGAAUUCAAGUGAGAAAUAUACUUCAUCUAACAGCAAUCAUAAUCGUCAACCUACUCAACCCGCCCCAUCCGAUGUGGAGAUGACACCUGGUUUGACGUCAGUACCACCCCCUAAUGAUGAUAUGGAUGGGCCAAGAUACAGUAAUGGUAAUAAAUAUGAUUAUGAUGAUAGAUAUGAUAAUAGAUAUGAAGAUAUGCCACCACAUCGUUAUGAUGAUCCACCAGACAAUUACAAUCGAUAUGAUGAGCCCCCAAUAGACGAAGGAGAUGGUUAUCCAAACUCGCCAACUGAACCUACUUACGCUGGACCCUAUUCCAGAUCACCAGGACGACAGGCAGAACCUCAGUUGCAGUAUGCAGAUUUGGAUUUGAGAGGACCAACUUCUCAGAGUACACCCAACUACCCACAGCCACCACGCACAGAGUAUGCAACGAUAACACCAACGAUCGUUUAACAACAGCAACCAAGUAACAUAAUAUUAUACUGAGAUCUUUUGUUUUUAAGGCAAAGGUACUUUAAUAGUGCAGGGCAAAUAAAACAUGUCACAAAUGUUUGUGAGAAAAUAAGUUUGGAUGAUACCAUUAUCAAACCGGGAGUUGCUGUUUGCAAAGAUAUGAAAGAUGACUAAAAUGUGCAAAGCUACAAAUCCCAUGACAAUUUACGGUGCCCCUGAGUCAGAACUGAAUCAAGAGAUUCAAAUAUUUUUUUUUUUUUAAUAAUAUCAGCAUUGUAUGUACAUAUGUGUUUUUAUUAUGUACAGUGAUUUUAUAAACAAAAUGUGGAAAAAAAUAUUUCAUUUUUUUAAUUAAUAAUUUGCUAUCCAGAACAGUAGCUAUAAUCACUGCCAUAAAUGAACAAUACACUGAAUGUUAUUUUCAAUAAUAGAUAAAAAUGUAUCUAAUUUGAUGAUAUUUUGACUAAUAUUGUCGUUGUUUUGAUUAGUAAACAUAUAAUGAAGAAGAUAGUGACAUUAUAAUUUGUGAGUGUAAUUCAUUUUUUCUGUGCAGUGUAUGUAUAUGUGCACUGAUUUUGACAGUAAUCAAAACAGUCUUAUGGAUUGAUAAUAAUCCUAUAUUAAAAGUGUGCAGAUCCACUACUGUGAUUAUGAGGAGUAGAGUUAGCAUGUAUGGGUUAUGCAAGUAACAUGUUGUGUUUUGCUUACUGUGUAAUUACACAGUAGAAUACAUUUAGGUGUCAUUUAGAAAAAAACAAUAUUUAGGAGUUACAGACAUUUGUAAACUGUAUAUUGCUUUCAAAGUACCAUAUUUACUAUAUUACACAUAUGAACCGAAAAUUGCAUUUUUUAAUGAAUUGUUAAUACUGUAAACCAUUUAAUUUUCCCCAAUUUUACGGCAUUUGUGAAGACAAAUUUUUGCAAGACUCCAGCUUAUUAGAAACCCAGAGGAAUUCUCACUGCUACAAAAUUUUGCCAGUUUCACUGACGCGCGAAAUUCACAAAAGAUGCGUCUUGUGUGAAAUUAAAUUUACAGUAUAUUACUUAUUUUUGACUAUGCAUGCAUGACUAAUAGAACAAAUUUGGAACAGAGAAUCAUUCUACAGGUUUAUUAAAUUGAAGGAAGCAUCAAUAUAUGUAGAAUUUUUGGUAUCAUACUAGAUGCAUUGAAUCUUAGAUGUUUUGACCGAAUCAAUAUUCCAAUAUAAUGCAGUCUGUUCUAGAAUGACAGUAAUCAUAUCCUUACUGUUAGACAUGUCAUGAAAAAUGGAUAUGUCUGGUAACAUAUCCAGUGCUAAUUGAAAUAAUUUUGAAAACCUAUCCAUAUGGUUAGUAACUUUAACCUUUAUCUGGUCAAGUCAAUUAAGAAAAAUGAUGCAUGUAGGAUUAGGGUUAAAGUUUGCCGGAAUGAGAUUGUAGUAAAUAUUUUGUUCAUCAGUUCACAAGUGUCAGUAUAUCCACAGGUCUAUGAUAGCUUAGUAUCAUUGUAAAUAUUUUAUAAUCCAUCACCAAAUCUAUUUAUGAUUUUUUUUUUACCGCAUAGUCAUGACAACAAAUUCAAUCAGUUCUCAAACAAAUAAUCUAUAAUAAAUAUUUUUUAAUGGAAUUUUCUGUAUAUUUUGCUUUUUAAACAUUAUCAGCAGUCUACAUUUUCAUCAUGUCUUUAAAAUUGGUUUCCAUGACAAAUGUAUUUUAACAAUAAUAAAAAAUUUAUAUGUAUUUAGACUAAAAAAAAUAAUCCUGUCCAUUCCUUUUCAG